GGGGCGGGGCUGCGUGCUGACGCCACACGCCGGGGCGGGGUCAAGAGUUUGGUGCCCCGGAGUGGGGUGUCGGCGCCUCUUUCGGGUGGAGCUGAGCCGGGGACAGACCGUCGUGAGAGACAUCAGGACAAGAAUGUUUCACUUAAGGACUUGUGCUGCUAAGUUGAGGCCGUUGACGGCUUCCCAGACUGUGAAGACAUUUUCACAAAACAGACCAGCAGCAGCUAGGACGUUGGGGCAGAUUCGGUGCUUUACCGCCCCCGUUGCUGCCGAGCCCUUCCUCAGUGGGACUAGUUCCAACUAUGUGGAAGAAAUGUACUAUGCAUGGUUGGAAAACCCCAAAAGCGUACACAAGUCGUGGGACAUUUUCUUCCGAAAUACCAACGCUGGAGCGCUGCCGGGCACCGCCUACCAGAGCCCGCUCCCCCUGAGCCCGGGCUCCCUGUCUGCCGUGGCGCAAGCACAGCCCCUGGUGGACGCCCAGCCCAACGUGGACAAGCUGGUGGAGGACCACCUGGCAGUGCAGUCUCUCAUCAGAGCCUACCAGAUACGAGGGCACCAUGUAGCGCAGCUGGACCCCCUGGGGAUUUUGGACGCCGAUCUGGACUCGUCCGUGCCCGCUGACAUUAUCUCCUCCACAGACAAACUUGACCUUGCAGUGUUCAAGGAACGACUCCGAAUGCUAACAGUAGGAGGGUUCUACGGCCUGGACGAGUCCGACCUGGACAAGGUCUUUCACCUGCCCACCACGACGUUCAUCGGGGGGCAGGAGUCGGCUCUUCCUCUGCGGGAGAUCAUCCGGCGGCUGGAGAUGGCCUACUGCCGGCACAUCGGGGUGGAGUUCAUGUUCAUCAACGACCUGGAGCAGUGCCAGUGGAUCCGGCAGAAGUUCGAGACACCCGGGGUCAUGCAGUUCACCAGCGAGGAGAAGCGGACCCUGCUGGCCAGGCUCGUGCGGUCCACCAGGUUUGAGGAUUUCCUGCAGCGAAAGUGGUCGUCGGAGAAGCGCUUCGGUCUGGAAGGGUGCGAGGUGCUGAUCCCUGCGCUCAAGACCAUCAUCGACAAGUCCAGUGAGAACGGGGUGGACUACGUGAUCAUGGGGAUGCCCCACAGGGGGCGGCUCAACGUGCUUGCCAACGUCAUCAGGAAGGAGCUGGAACAGAUUUUCUGUCAGUUCGAUUCCAAGCUGGAAGCCGCUGAUGAGGGCUCUGGGGACGUGAAGUACCACCUGGGGAUGUACCACCGGCGGAUCAACCGCGUGACCGACAGGAACAUCACCCUGUCACUGGUGGCGAACCCUUCCCACCUUGAGGCUGCCGACCCCGUGGUGAUGGGCAAGACAAAGGCGGAGCAGUUCUACUGUGGGGACACGGAGGGGAAGAAGGUCAUGUCCAUCCUUCUGCACGGAGACGCCGCCUUUGCCGGCCAGGGCAUCGUGUAUGAGACCUUCCACCUGAGCGACCUGCCCUCCUACACGACUCAUGGCACCGUCCACGUGGUCGUCAACAACCAGAUCGGCUUCACCACAGACCCGCGCAUGGCCCGCUCCUCGCCCUACCCCACUGACGUGGCCCGCGUUGUGAACGCCCCCAUUUUCCACGUGAACUCGGACGACCCAGAGGCCGUCAUGUACGUGUGCAAGGUGGCAGCCGAGUGGCGGAGCACCUUCCACAAGGACGUGGUGGUGGACCUGGUGUGUUACCGGCGCAACGGCCACAAUGAGAUGGACGAGCCCAUGUUCACGCAGCCGCUCAUGUACAAGCAGAUCCGCAAGCAGAAGCCCGUGUUGCAGAAGUACGCCGAGCUGCUGGUGUCCCAGGGCGUGGUCAACCAGCCCGAGUACGAGGAGGAGAUCUCCAAGUACGACAAGAUCUGUGAGGAGGCCUUCACCAGGUCCAAGGACGAGAAGAUCCUGCACAUCAAGCACUGGCUGGACUCCCCCUGGCCUGGCUUCUUCACCCUGGACGGGCAGCCGAGGAGCAUGACCUGCCCCUCCACGGGCCUGACGGAGGACAUCCUGGCGCACAUCGGGAACGUGGCCAGCUCCGUGCCCGUGGAGAACUUCACCAUUCAUGGGGGUGAGGACGCCACUGACCUGUGGAGGUGUUGGGCCACGUCCGUGGACUUCUCUCCAGCGUGGGGCAGGCCCCGUGGUGGAGGACAGGGGCUGAGCCGCAUCCUGAAGACCCGCGGGGAGCUGGUGAAGAACAGGACCGUGGACUGGGCUCUGGCGGAGUACAUGGCCUUCGGCUCGCUCCUGAAGGAGGGCAUCCACAUCCGGCUGAGCGGCCAGGAUGUGGAGCGCGGCACCUUCAGCCACCGCCACCACGUGCUCCACGACCAGAACGUGGACAAGAAGACCUGCAUCCCCAUGAACCACCUCUGGCCCAACCAGGCCCCCUACACGGUGUGCAACAGCUCGCUGUCCGAGUACGGCGUCCUGGGCUUUGAGCUGGGCUUUGCCAUGGCCAGCCCCAACGCCCUGGUCCUCUGGGAGGCCCAGUUUGGGGACUUCCACAACACGGCCCAGUGCAUCAUCGACCAGUUCAUCUGCCCGGGACAGGCCAAGUGGGUCCGGCAGAACGGCAUCGUGCUGCUGCUGCCCCAUGGCAUGGAGGGCAUGGGCCCGGAACAUUCCUCCGCCCGGCCGGAGCGGUUCCUGCAGAUGUGCAAUGAUGAUCCGGACGUCCUGCCGAACCUGGAGGAAGCCAACUUCGACAUAAACCAGCUGUACGACUGCAACUGGGUUGUCGUCAACUGCUCCACUCCCGGCAACUUCUUCCACGUGCUGCGGCGUCAGAUUCUCUUGCCCUUCCGGAAGCCGCUAAUCAUCUUCACCCCCAAGUCCUUGCUGCGGCACCCCGAGGCCAGAACCAGCUUCGACGAGAUGCUCUCAGGAACCCACUUCCAGCGGGUCAUCCCAGAAGAUGGCCUUGCGGCCCAGAACCCGGAGAACGUCAAGAGACUUCUGUUCUGCACGGGCAAGGUGUACUAUGACCUCACCCGGGAGCGGAAGGCACGGGGCAUGGCGGAGCAGGUGGCCAUCACGAGGAUCGAACAGCUCUCCCCAUUCCCCUUCGACCUCCUGCUGCGGGAGGUGCAGAAGUACCCCAACGCCGAGCUGGGCUGGUGCCAGGAAGAGCACAAGAACCAGGGCUACUACGACUACGUGAAGCCCAGGCUGCGGACCACCAUCAACCGCGCCAAGCCCGUGUGGUAUGCCGGCCGGGACCCCGCCGCCGCUCCAGCCACCGGCAACAAGAAGACCCACCUCACGGAGCUGCAGCGCCUCCUGGACACGGCCUUCGACCUGGACGCCUUCAAGAACUUCUCGUAGACGCUGCCUGGGCCUCUGCCUCCGCAGCCACGGCAGCCCCUCGCUUCUCAACUAAAGAAUGGUGCCUCAGCGCUGCCCACCUCCGCCCAUCCGCUGCACCGCUCUCCCCCUCGCCCGCGUACCCAGUAGGCCGCUGUCCCCCGUGUGCUUGGCUGCCCCCCCCAGGCCAGAGGCCCCCAGGCGCUGUGACUUCCGUCCAGCCGAGCAUCCUUCGUGGAGGCCCGGGGAGCAGGAGGAGAGGGAGCCCCUGCGGGUGUCCUGGGAGGGCCACCUGUGCCCCAGGCCUCCCGCUGCCCCCGCAGGACCAGCCUCGUGUGGCCUCCCAGGUACCGGCCGUCCUGGGUCGCCCAGCAAGGGGGCUGCUGCGCCUGGACGAGGUGGCCGUCUCUUCCCAGCCCGAGCCCCAGGCCCCUCGGAGGCGGCCGUCACUGUCCAGACCUGCGGGGUGGGCCGGGCUCUGGUGGGGCUCUCCCUGCGCGCGGAACCGCGGCACCGCUUGGGCGGCUGGCAGGAGGGGGCCUGCACCCGGCCUGGUACAGAGAGGGCAGGUCCGCUCUCUGCAGUGUCCACUCCCACCCCUCGAGAGGGUCCCGGGCCACCUGGGGCUCAGGGCUCAGGGCUCAGGCCAGGCUGCUGCCCGCCUGCCCGCCCGGGCGGCCGGCCCACUCCAACACCGUGGAGGCGGAAGGGUUCUUCUCUGUGCCGCCACGCCACAGCUGGUCAGGAGGGGAGAGGAGUGCUGGGGCUGACGGGCAGCUGGAGGAGAGGGGUCGCUUCCCUCACCCAUCACAGGGACAGAUCUGAUUUAUUUAUUUUGGUUAAAAAAAAAGAACAAAACAACUUUGCAUUGCAUUUGGCUUGACCCAUAAACGAAGUUACCCUCGG